GUUGGUGGAGCAUUCCGGCGCUCGGGAGGCAUUGUAUCGGCCAUCGGAAAACAGCUGAAGCUGGUCAACCUGAAAGCGGUUCAACGAAUCACCGUUUCCUUCGAUCCGUUCGACCAGAGCACCAUCGCAACGAGGGAAUUUGUGCAUCAUCUUUCCGCACCGAAAAUAUCGCAAACCAACCCAACCUGCGUGCUCAAGACGGAGGUAGUGUGCGAUCGAAGGCCACCGUCCGUAGUUUUUCAGCUUAUCCCCUCGGUACAGGCCGAAGCUAAGCUUAAAAAGAUUGAACUGAGCAGCGCCAACCUGUCCACGCUCGAGCUGCUUAAGCUUUGCAACAAGCACGUGAGCGCCCUGGCACCGAAGGAAAUCGCGACCAGCGUAGUAAAGACCAAGUCGGAGAAAAAGGCCGGUGGAAGCGGUGGUGGCAAGCGUCGGUAAAGCGAGGAAGGUCAAGUAUAACCGCCCGUACAUCGGAGCGUCGAACAUGUCGCACAAGAAGCUCAAGGGCGGCCAUAUGGCCAUCAUCGAGAACUGGUACCAUCAGAUACCGGCAUUUACGGACGUGUUUACGGAGGAAAGUUUCUACAUGUUUGCCGUCUGCUUUGUGCUCGCCACCAUAGCCGUCGUGUUUGUACUGUCCCGGUUCAUAACGCUCAAGCCGGUCGAUUAGUCGUUUUGGUUUUCAACCCCCUUUUACCUAUUGCAAUUGACUGAAAGCGGAGGAGAGAAAUGUAAGUAAAUUCUAGGCAGAUAAAGCUUGCAAAGCUCUUCAAAACUGA